AUGGAUACGAAAACGAACCCUACGGGACAAGUGCAGGUUCGCUUUACGACAAGGAAUCCAGAAUUAACUGUUGGUGAUACACCAAUUCUGAUUCCGACUUCUUUGAAGCGUUAUGGAUUGUCACAAAUUGUCAACCAUCUUUUAAAACCAGACAAAUCUACUCCUUUUGAGUUCUUGAUUCAAGGUAACCUUCUACGAACCUCUUUAGACGAUUACAUUGUUCAAAAUGGACUCUCCACUGAGUCCACUUUGGAUCUUGAAUACAUAGAAUCAACUCUUCCUCCUCAAUAUCUUGCUUCUUUUCCUCACGAUGAUUGGAUUUCCAGCGUUCAGCUCUCUGCCAACUAUAUCUUGACCUCUUCUUACGAUGGUAUAGCUCGCAUUUGGGACAAAAGCGGUCAAGUUAAGUUACAGACUCCUGGUUUAGGCUCAUCUUUAAAAAAUACUGCCUGGAAAAAUCCAGAGACAAGCUUUUUAACAUCAUCUCUUGACCAGAAGAUUCAUUUUUGGGAAAUUGAAGAUGAUCUUUCCAAGAUUGGGAACGGGAAAUCUACAGCAAAUUUUAGUACAACCUUUACUGGCCAUAAGGGUCUCGUAGAACGUAUUCGUGCUCUACCUGAAACCAACAUUUUUUUAUCUGCUUCGGCUGAUAAAACGGUUGGUAUCUGGGACUUUGAAAGAUCACCAGAAACUACAGUGGAGUCAUCAAGUGCGACUUCCUCGAAACGUCGUCGUAAAAAUGAUGAACUUGUUCCUCGUAAAGGUGCUCGUGCUCCCCUGUUCUUAUGUGAAGGGCACAGCGAUAACGUAACAGAUGUAAUUUUUUCUCAGGAUCCUUCUGCUGCUUAUUCGGUUGGUCUUGAUCAUACUAUCAAAACCUGGGAUCUUAUUACUGGCCAGACUGUCGCUUCAAGGAUUACAAAGAACCCCCUUCUUUGUGUUGAAAAGUUAAACGAUCUUCACCUUCUUGCCUGCGGCUCAUCCGCUCGUUCUAUCACACUCCAUGACCCUCGUGUUACAAGUGAUAAAAUUACUUCUAUGACUUUGUCAGGACAUAAGAAUUUAGUCUCAGAUUUAUGUGCCAGUCCCGAAAAUCCUUAUAUGUUUGCAUCCGUCUCACACGAUAAUUCAUGCCGCGUUUGGGAUGUACGUGCUACAUCUGGCAGUAUUUAUACAUUGCCAAGAACUGUCAAGGGAGGCUCCCAAUGGGAUAAACUUUUCUCCGUCGACUGGAACAAAUCUAUCGGUAUUGUUUCUGGUGGUACCGACAAGCAGCUUCAAAUAAAUCAAUCUUCAUCCUUCGACAAAAGCCAGUAA